AUGCUACUAAAGACCUGUGGUUUUUACUUUGUUGCACUGACAAAGAUCUAUAGGAACAAUGUUGGUGUGGGUUGGGGUGGGUGGGGGGUGGGGGGGGUUUGGUGGUGUGGGGGGGUUGGGGGUGGGGGGGGGGGGGGGGGGUGGUUGGGGUGGUUGGUUUGGGUGGGGGGGGGGGUGGGUGGGGGGUGGGGGGGGGGGUGGGGUGGGGUUUGGGGUGGGGGGGGGGUUUUUUGGGGGGUGGGGGUGGGUUUGGUGGGGUGGUUGGUGUUGGUGUUGGGUUGUGUGGGUUGGGGGGUGGGGGGUGUUUGGGGGGGUUUAGUGGGUGUGGGGGGGGUGGUGUGGUGGGGGGGUGGGGUGUUGUUUGUGUGUGUGGGGUGGGUGGGGUUUGGGUUGUUGGGUGGGGGGGGUGGGGUGUUUUGUGUGGGGGUUGUUGUUUGGGUUUUGGUGUUGGGGUGGGGUUGUGGUGGUGGGGGUGUUGGGGUUGUUUUUGUGUUUGGGGUGUGGGGUGGUUGGGGUUGUGGUGGGGGGUUGGGGGGUGGGGUGGGGGGUGGUGUGGGGUGUGGUGGGUGGUGGGGUGUAGGGUGUGGGGGGGGUGGGUGGGUGGUGGGGGGGGUGGGGGGUGGGGGUGGUUGGGGGGUUGGGGGGUGGGGGGGUGGGUGUUGUGGGGGUGUGGGGGGGGGGGGGGGGGGGGGGGUUGUUGGGGUGGUGGGGGGUUGUGGGGUGGGGGGGUGGUGGUUGGGGUUGUUGUUGGGUUGUUUGGGGUGGGGGGGUAUGUGUGGUGGUAGGGGGGUUUGGGUGGUGUUUUGGUGGGGGGGUGUUUGUGGUUGGGUGUGGGGGGGUUGGGGGGGUGUUGUUGUUUGGGGUGGGUGGGGUGGGGGGGGUGGUGUUUUUGGUGGGGUUGGGGGGGUGGGUGGGGGGGGGGGGGGGGGUGGGGGUGGGUUGUGGUUGUGUUUGUUGUGUUGUGUGGUUUUGUGGUUGGGGGGGGGUGGGGUUGUGGUGGGGGGUGUGGGGGGUUGGGUGUGGGGGUUGGUGGUUGUGGGUUUGGAGUGGGUGGGGUUGGGUGUUGUUGUGUGGUUGUUGGAGGGGUGGUGUGGGUUUGGGUGUUGGUGGGUUUUUUGGUGUGUUGGGUGGGGGGGAUUUUGUGGUUGUUGGUUUGGGGGUGGUUUGUUGGGUUGUUGUGUGGUGUUUUGUGGUGGUGGGGUGGGGGGUGGGUGUGGUUGGGGUGGUGUUUGGUGUGAUGAGUUAUUUGAUUUGGUGGGGGGGUGGUUGUGUUGGGGUUGUUGGGGGGGAUGGGGGGGUGGGUUGUUAGAUGGGGGGGGUUGUGUGGUGGGUGGGGGGGGGGGGGGGGGUUGUGGGUUUGGUGUUUGUAGUGGGUGGGGUUGGGGGGGGGGGGGUGGGGUUGGUGGUUUGGUUAUGUGUGUGGGGGUGGGGUUGGUGGGUGGGGGGGGUGGGGGUGGGGGGUUGGGGUGGGGGUGUUUUGUUUUGGUGGUGGGGUUUUGGGGUUUGUUUUGGGUUUUUGGUGGUGGUUUUGGGUGUUGGGGUGUUUGGGGGGUGUGGUGUGGGGUAGGGGUGGUGGGGUUUGGUGGUGGUUGUGGGGGUGUGGGGUUUUUGGGGGUUUUUUUGUGUUUGGUGUUUGGGGGGUGGGGUUGGGGUGGUGUUGUGGUGGGUGGGUGGGGUGGGGGUGUGGGUUGUGGGUGGUUGUGGUGUUGGUUUGGUUGUGUGUGUGGGGGGGUUGGGGUGGGGGUGGGUGGGGGUGGGGGGGGUGGUGGUGGGGGUGGGGGGGGUUGUGGGUGGUGGGGUUGGUGGGGUUGUGUUUGGGUGGGGUGUGGGUUUUGUUGUGGGUGGGUGGUGGGUGUUUGGGGGUUUGGGGGGUGGGGGUGUUGGGGGGUUUUGGGGGGUUGUGGUUUGUGGGGGUGGGUUGUUGUUUGUGUGGGGUGGGGGGGUGGUGGGUUGGGGUUUUUGGGGGGGGUUGGGGUGGGGUGUGUGGGGGUGUUGUUUUGUAUGGGGUGGUGGGGGGUGUGGUGUGGGGUGUGGGGGGUGUGGUUUGGUUGGGGGGUUUGGAUUUGUUUUUGUGGGUGGGGGUGGGGGGGGGGGGUUGGGAUGUUGAGGUGGUGGGGGGGGUGGGGGGUGGUGUUUGGUUUGUGGGGUGUUUUGGGUGUUGUGGGGUGGGGUGUUGGGUUUUGUGUUUUUGUGGGGUGUGUGUGUUGGGGUGUGUUUUUGUUGGUGGGUGUGGGGUGGGGGUAUGUGGUUAUUGGGUGGGGUGUUGGGGGGUUUGGGGUGGUGGGUAGGGUUGGGGUUGGGGGGGUUGGUGGGGGGGGGGUUGUGUGGUGUGGGGGGGGUGGGGUGGUGUGGGUGGUGGUGGGGGGUGUGGGGUGGUUGGGGUUGUUUGUGGUGGUUGUGUGUGUGUUGUGGUGGGUGGGUGUGGGGGUGUUUUUUUGUUUGUGGGGGGGGUUGGGUUGGGUUGGGGGGUUUUGUGUUUUUGGGUGGUGGUGUGUGGGGGGUGUGGGGUGUGUGGGGGUUGUGGUGUGGGGGGGGGUGUUGUGUAGGGGUGUGGGGGGGGGGGGGGGUGUGGGGUGGGGGUUUGGGGUGUGGUGUGUUGUGUGGGUUAGUUGUGGGGGGGUGGGGUGGUGUUGGGGUUUGGUUUUGGGUGGGGGGGUGGGUUGGGGUUUGGGUUGUGUGUGGUGGUGUUGUGUGUGUUGUUGGGGAUUUGGAUGGGGGGGUUGGUAUGGGUUGGAGUGGUUUGUGUUGGUUUGUUUGAGGGGUUGUGAGGGGGGUGUGUGUUGGAGGGUUGGGUUUGGUGGGGGGGGGGGGUUGGUUGGGUUUUUGGUUUGGUGUUUUGUGUGGUGUGGGGGGGAGUGGGGGUUUUGGGGGGGUGUGUGGUGGUGUUGUUGUGAUUUAGAUGUGUGGAUUGGGGGGGGGGAGGGGGGGUGGGGAGGGUGGAUGAUGGUGGGGGUGUAA